AUGGACAGCGCAGCAGCAGACCUUGGCGGCGCGAAUAAAACCAGCAGUGUAUGGACGACGACCCAAAUGCAAGAGGCGAAAUGGGGCGAGCGCCGAAUGGAUCUCGAUGAUGUCACAAUGAAAUGCGACGAUGUCAAACACGCCCUCCAUGCAAUGUCGGUCGUGGCCCAGUACACCGAGCGCAAGCUCUGGUACGGUCCAGCUACGUGGUCAAGCGGGGUGAAGCCAGCGGAAGGCGAAACCAAGUGCGAAGUCAAGCGGUACGGACGCACUUAG